GCACAGUUAUGGCUGCGUGAAGCUAUCACUGACUCCACGCCUUAUUCAAUGUUACUGGAGCCUUUCGACAACUGGAAAUCUGUCACGGCAGAUCACAUCGAUGAGACUUCAUUUACAACUAGUAAAGCUCUUCCAUCUCGCCGAUACGCUUCGUUAGAGGAACCUCUGCAGGAAUCUUCAGAUGGCAUCGCCGCGAAUACUCGAGGAUAUUCAUUCAUCCAUGACACAAGUUACAUCUAUCUUGCUCGUGAUCAAGACCAAGCAAAGAAUGCUGAAGAUGUUCUGUUUGAUAUGUUCAAAAAUGAAGAAACUGACUUACUUCCAAUUGGAAAAUUCCUAGCAGCACUUCGUAGUACAGGAUUACGUAAAAAUGAUCCUCGACUUAGUGAAUUAAAUGAAAAUUUAAGGGAAGUGCAUAGGAAAUCUGGAAUGGAAGGAGGAUCUCCUGAAACACAGAAAAUGGAUCGAGAAACAUUCCGAAGGGUAAUUUCUGCUAAUAUAGUAUUAAUUUCAAGAGCUUUCCGGCAUCAGUUUAUCAUUCCAGACUUCCAAGGAUUCACAAAACAUAUCGAAGAUUUUUAUUGGAAAUGCAAGCCUAAUACUGAAGGAAAGGUUGCCAGUUAUAUUCCUCAACUUGCUAGAAUGAAUCCUGAUUAUUGGGGAGUAAGUGUUUGCACUAUUGAUGGCCAAAGGUUUUCAAUUGGAGAUGUAAAUAUUCCAUUCACUUUGCAAUCAUGCAGCAAACCUCUCACAUAUGCAAUUGCUCUUGAGCGACUUGGAGCUGAAUUAGUUCAUCAAUAUGUGGGGCAAGAACCAAGUGGGCGUAAUUUUAAUGAAUUAGUAUUGGACUAUAACAAAAAGCCGCAUAAUCCAAUGAUUAAUGCAGGUGCUAUCUUGGUAUGUUCUCUUCUGAAAACUUUAAUAAAACCUGAAAUGACUCUGGCAGAAAAAUUUGAUUUCACAAUGAAUUGUUUCAAGAAACUUGCUGGAGGAGAAAAUCUUGGGUUUAAUAAUGCAGUUUUUCUCUCAGAGAGAGAGGCAGCAGACAGAAAUUAUGCCCUUGGAUUCUACAUGAGAGAACACAAAUGCUAUCCAGAUAAAACAAACCUGCGAGAGUGCAUGGACUUUUAUUUUCAGUGCUGCUCAAUGGAAGCAAAUUGUGACAGUAUGGCAGUCAUUGCAGCAACUUUAGCCAAUGGUGGUAUUUGCCCAAUUACUGAGGAGAAAGUUCUUAAACCAGAUUCAGUACGUGAUGUCCUGUCUCUGAUGCACAGUUGUGGAAUGUAUGAUUAUUCAGGACAAUUUGCAUUCAAGGUUGGCCUGCCAGCAAAAUCUGGUGUUGCUGGGGGAAUGCUGGUUGUCAUUCCAAAUGUCAUGGGUAUUUGCACUUAUUCUCCUCCUCUUGAUCCUUUGGGAAACAGCUGUCGAGGUCUACAAUUUUGUGAGGAACUUGUGAAUGAAUUUAACUUCCAUCGCUAUGAUAAUUUGAAGCACGCCACUAAUAAAAAGGAUCCCCGAAGACAUAAGUAUGAAACUAAAGGAUUAAGUAUUGUAAACCUUCUUUUCUCAGCUGCAAGUGGAGAUAUUACUGCCAUGAGACGGCAUCGUUUGUCUGGGAUGGAUAUGACCCUGUCUGAUUAUGAUGGACGAACAGCUCUUCAUUUGGCAGCUUCUGAAGGACAUAUGGACUGUGUUGUAUUUUUAUUGGAACACUGUCGUGUUCCAUUCGACCCAAAAGAUAGCUUUAAAGUGAAGUCUGAUUCAUCAGAACAUUUUGUAAAAAAAAGUUCUGUGUGUGAGGGUGAAAGUCCUUAG